UUUAAUGAUUAAGCCCUUUAAAGAUUCAAUUAAGUCCUUUAAGGAUUUUAGAACUAGUAUAGUCAAUCCCAACUCUUUUUCAGCUUUCUUAACGUUAGACCAUUCUUCACAAAUUAUUUUACUAUUUAUCCGUACAUAUUCGAACCUUUUUAAGAAUUCUCAAAUUAAAAUUGAUCAUUUUUUCUUUAAAAUAGCCAACAUCCACAACGAGUUCGGCGUCUGCGGUUGGAUCCUCACCAUUCUCUCCUACAUCCUCAUAUUCUUGACACUGCCUAUAUCGGCUUGUAUGUCAAUAAAGGUAGUUCAAGAAUAUGAGCGUGCUGUCAUCUUUCGACUUGUAAAUUUAUUUAAAAUUAUUUUAAAUUCAAAUAAUUUAAAGGGGCGACUUCUUCCCGGCGGCGCCAAGGGUCCAGGAAUUUUCUUCAUUGUUCCCUGCAUUGAUACUUAUAGAAAAGUUGAUUUGCGUGUACUUUCUUUUGAGGUCCCUCCACAAGAAAUACUUUCUAAAGAUUCUGUAACCGUUGCUGUUGAUGCUGAUGCUUCUCGCUCAACAAAACUUUUAGCUCAGACAACUUUACGAAAUAUAUUAGGUACUAAAACGCUAGCUGAAAUGUUGAGUGACCGUGAAGCUAUUUCCCUUCAAAUGCAAGCAACAUUGGACGAAGCUACUGAACCUUGGGGAGUAAAAGUUGAAAGAGUUGAAGUUAAGGAUGUAAGGUUGCCUAUUCAAUUACAACGUGCGAUGGCUGCUGAGGCUGAGGCCGCACGUGAAGCUAGAGCAAAAGUGAUUGUUGCUGAAGGAGAACAAAAAGCCUCCCGCGCUCUCAAAGAAGCAGCAGAUGUUAUAGCAGAAUCUCCCCAAGCAAUUCAACUUCGUUAUUUACAAACAUUAAAUUCUAUUAGCGCCGAGAAAAAUUCUACAAUUAUUUUUCCUUUCCCUGUUGAUUUACUUAGUGCUUUACUUCAUCAACAGCAACAUUCAUCUACACAACAACCAUCAUUAUCAACACAAAAUCAACAACAAACACAAAUACAGCCUAUUAAUCGUUCACCUGUUCACAAAACUAAUGUAUUUUCAACUGUUGUUGCACCAGCAUCACAACAAUAUCAAAUGUCGCCUGGUACUACUUAUCAUUCAACCAUUCAUUCUUCAGAUAAUACUUCUUCAAAAGCAAAUCUUCUUUAA